GUGCAGGGUGGGGGAAGAAGAGGUACAAGCGAAAGACCCGACGCGAGGGGCGACUGUGUCGCUCGCCCUGCCCACCCCUGCGCGCCCCUCUUAACUGGAUCGUCUGCAACAAGCAUCGCGUCCCUGUUGCUCCGCCGCCCCCAUUGUCCCUGCAGCCCGAGGGGGACAUUGUGCUUGCUCGCGAUGAGCCUAGUCCGCGCCUGCAAUGCGUUGAUACGGCAGUGUCGGUGCUGCCGGUGUGUUGGUAGGACAUCCAUUUGAUACUGUUAAGGUGGGUUGAUUUUUCACAGGCUUACUUAUGAUAAACAUUUCGGCUAAAAAUUCCACUAGACCUCAUGGAAAAAAAAUACAGAGAUCGUUCAGACCCUAUAAAUAAAAAUCCUCAUAGGUCAAAUCCUGGUAUAGAGAAAUCUACAGUCCUGUUGAAGCAUCGAAGCAUCCCACACUCAAGUCAAACUAUCGACAGAAAAAGAAUAUUCAGGGUUCCCGAUCACAUAGUCCCCUUACUGAGGUCCUUUAAAAUGUUCUGAGGAUUGGGUCUUCAACCACACUUUUUAUCCAGUAGCAUCUAAUAAAUAUCCCUACAUCUAUUUGCUAGGAAUAUGCAGCUCUUCAGCACUAAAUUUAAAAAAAAAAUUGCACUCCUCAUUAUCCUGCAUUAUUGUUGCUUGGUGCAAUUCUUUUCCUUUUGAAAAAACCCCACAUUAAUUUGUUAAUUAUAUUGCCCAGAUGACUGUUUGCUGCAUGAUGAAACAGUCUUGCUGAUUAACGUGCUUCUUCCCACCCAAGAAAGGAUGUUGUGAGUUUUCAAAUGACCAUUUUUUUUCUUGUUUGAGACACUGUUGUAUAUUGGUUGAACGUUUAGACUGCCAAUGAUAGAUUAUACUGAUAGUUGUUUGUUUUUUAUGAGAGGUAAAGGGAGAGAGACAGUUGUUAAAAUCGGUGCCCUUGGAAGAGCUUAACACUGUCUUAACACAGGAUUUACUGUAACCUAUGGACUACUGUACGCACAGCUGGAAUGCAUGGAUCUAGGCUGAUUUGGAUUACAAUUGUAUGCACACAUUUAGGAGUAAACUAAUCCAUCUUAUUUAUUUGUCAUUUCUCUGUAUAAACCGCCCUGAGCAAUUUUUGGAAGGGCGGUAUAGAAAUCGAAUGAAUGAAUGAAUAAAUAAAUAAAUAAACCUCAUUGAACCCUAUGGGGCUUGCUUCCGAAUGUAUGUGCAUGCCUAACAGUACAGUUCUGGAAAAUGGCCUAAAUCCAAGAAUUUCAGCUUAACGGAGGGUUAGAGCAAGCUCUUUAAGUAUCUUCCUUGGAGAGCAAGUGAGCUGUCACUAUUCAUAUCUUAAAGAAUCCAGUACUUAGGUACAAAUCUUAUGGGAUAAGAGGGCUGGCUGGUUUGCAGCUGCAUGUUUAUGUCAUUUCAUGCCAUGGAAUGUUCUUUGCUGUGAAACCAUUUCAGUUGAAUUAUUUUCCGUAUUACCCCAGACCAGAAUAAGUAUGUGGGGGAAAUUCCUAAUGCUACAACCUUUGUUUGUAGAAUGAGGCAGGGGCAUCAUUAGGGAGUGGCCCAUGGGGCAUAGGCCCCCAAGAAUUGCUCAGAGCCCUGAAUCUCAUCCACCAGCUCCCUCCUGCAUGACCUCUUCCAGAAAGGAAGUGUUAGCAGUGGCGGCACCUGCACAGAGCAUGGGACGAGGCUCCUAGCCCCUUCUGUACUGCUUCCACAUAGGAAGCUGGCCUAUACCGAGUCAGACCAUUGGUUCAUCUAGCUCAGUAUUGUCUACAUAGACUGGCAGCGGCUUCUCCAAGGUUGCAGACAGGACUCUCUCUCAGCCCCAUCUUGGAGAUGCUGCCAGGGAGGGAAUUUGGAAGCUCAAAUUCUCUUCCAAGAGUGACACUACCCCCUAAGGGGAAUAUCUUACAGUGUUCACAGAUGUAGUCUCCCAUUCAAAUGUAACCAGGGUGGACCCUGCUUAGCAAAGGGGACAAGUCAUGCUUGCUACCACAAAACCAGCUCUCCACCUUCAUAGGUGCUGUAUUAUAAUAUUGGAGGCUUUUAAAAAGUUAUAUAAUUAUUCCGGGGGGGGGGCUAUGAUUGAGUGUAGUUAUCCAAAGGGGACAGUGGGCCUGGGCCCCAGAUAUUUUAAGUACCUAGCAACAUCCCUGGAAUGAGGGCCAGAUUCUGAAAGCUUUGUGUUUACUGUUCAAUGGAAUGAACAGGAUGAAAACAUAGUUUGGUGCCGUGGGUCAAAACGCACUUACCUGGGCAAAAGUCCCACUGAGCAUUCUUUCAAAGCAAACAUUUUCUGAGCGGAGGUGUCAGUUGAUUUCUUCAUGAAAAUAGUAAAGAUAUUCAUCAGUUGUCUUAAACGUUUAGUUUGUUACUAAGCUGUUGCAGCCACAGUGACACAACUAAUGAUAGGUGAGCUUUGGUUUUAAUCGCCAGUUGCGUAUGACAGUAGGCUCAUUCACACAUUUUGUUCAACACUCUUAUGAGUGUACUGUACACAGGUACAGAUCUGUACACAGGUCAUUCACAUGCUGUGUUGAAUGCAAGUACAGAAGUACACUUCCUAUCACACUUUCUAUCUGUACCAUGCAUUUGAAGAGGCUGUAUCCAGGUUCACUUUUAAAAUGAACACAGGUACAGUAAUCAUACAAACACAUGUACGAGAGUACAGACAUCAGUACCCUCAUACAGCAUAAUGUCUGAAUUUGGCUAGUCUUAAACUCAAUCCUUUGCAAGUUGUAUUAGGAAGCAGGUCUCCCUGUCAACAAUGGGACUUACUUUCAGGAAGUGUGCAUAGGAUUGCAACAUUAUAUUAACAUUUUUGUAAGCUAUUAGACUGAUGGGGAAUUACAGCCCUGUAUAAGGCCAGUUUAUGUGUCCUUGUUGUUGUAUUUAAAGUGAUAACUCUUGCAAAUCCUGGAUGGCUGAUGGCAUUGAUCAUUUUAGUUGUUGUUUUAAAUCAAAUGCAAAUUGCAUUUAAAAAAAAUAAAGACAAUUCUUGGAUGCAAGAAUCAAAGGAAAGCUUAAUUUCCUCUUUGAAACAUUUCAGCAGUUGAACAGAUUAAACAACGUCUGGGGGGAUUUACGGGGCUGGUGGGACAUGUAGACAUGAAAGAUGCUGAACUGAAUCUGAACCAGAUCUUCGAGUGGCAACUCCUUUUCCCCAGUUUGUUGAUGUAAUAUGUACAAUUGCUUUGUUGCUUAACUACCUUUACUUUCUGAGCUAGGGGCUGUCUUCAUUAACAGCAAAAGUGUUACUUUGUUGUAGAUGACAGAUAAGCCUCAUCACGGGAGAGUUACCUAGUAAGUAUAGACCAGGUGAACAUUCUGUUUCUCUCGGUCUUCAUUUCUUCAAACAUGUAUGAUUAGUUCAAAUUUUAUAAACAACAAAUACGAGGAAACCUUAUAUAGUGUAUCCCCCUCCUUUGUUUAGUGUUUAAGAUUUCUAGAGCUCUGAAACGGAGGGAGUGGGGUGUGCAAGGUUUAUUUUGAAUUAUGAGCAUUUUAAAAAACCUAAUUUUGUUUUGCAAUUCAUUUCCUAGUGUGCAUAUUUAUCCCCUUUGCGCUUAAAGUUUUUACAUAUGUUGUGGAACAAAUCCUUUUGCAUUGUGCAUUCUGUUUCAGCCACUCCUUAAAUUGGGAGCCUGCUAUGUAGAUAUAUACUGUAUAUAUUUUCCCCAUUGAAACAUUACUAUGUCCACAUUAAUGCAUUUUAGGUAUUGCUGUUUGCUUGGUUUGUGGAUUCUCUCUCAGGUGUAUUUGAAUUCAGAUUUCCAAUACUUGAGGCAACAGGUUUCAUUGCUGCUCAAUUUGGCAGUAUAGAUAGAGGAAAAGAAAGAAACUAAUAUAACUUAAUGAGAAUUUAAAAGGAGAUUACAAUGGGGAGAAUAAUUAGCAAAAUUUAAUGCUACAGAUGCUCUUAAGUUUCCAAGCCACGAUUGUUUCAUGUCUGAGAUACUGCCAUAUAUUGGUUAGAGAGCACUAUUGAUUAAAAAUCUGUAAGUUCCAAAUAGUUCCUCAAAGCAGGAAUAUUAGAAAUCUUGCAGUCUAAUAUUGUUUAACCUGUGGCUACAGUUCUUACACUAAAUGGUUUGUAAAAUUAGAGGUAACACAAAGCUUUUUAAAAGACAUUUGUGGCCUAAAAAGAAAACAAUAACUUUGCACAUAUAACUGCCUGGAAACAAUUUGGACUGACCAAAGGCAACCAGACAACUGGCUAUUUCUAAGUCUGAACUAGCAUUUUCUGAACUUGGACAUUCAUUACUUUAUGAGAAAUUGUUUCUGGUCACCCCUUUACAGUUCAGGAAAAUUAGUUUUGCUAUGGAAACUGCAGAUAGUUCAGCAUACACUGCAAAUGUUUUGACUAAGGGGAAAUGAUCAAAAGAAAAGGGUUUUGCUUCACUUUCCUAAGAUCUUAAUUCAGUCCUCAUGACGACCCCCAAUUCAUACAAAUGUUAGUAUAAAACGGAGCGAUUCCCAAAACAGAGACUGUUCUCUUGAAUUGCCUUCUGUGGCAUUGUGGUAUCAUGACUGCGUGCACAUAACUACAGUAUGUGUACCCAGGCUAUCAUCCAACCUGCUCAUUUGCCAUCUCAAUAAACUUUCACUACAUUUUCUAGGUACGUCUUCAAGUUCAAAAUGUUGAGAAACCCCUAUACCGUGGGACCGUGCAUUGUUUUCAGUCUAUCAUAAAGCAAGAAUCGGCUUCUGGACUUUAUAAAGGUAUCGGGUCACCUAUGAUGGGACUUACCUUCAUUAACGCCCUUGUGUUUGGCGUUCAAGGGAACGCUCUCCGUGCACUUGGGAAGGACACGCCACUAAACCAGUUCCUUGCAGGUUCAGCAGCAGGCGCCAUUCAGUGUGUGAUCUGCUGCCCCAUGGAGCUGGCUAAGACGCGGAUGCAGCUGCAAGGUACGGGGCAGUACAAGCUGAAGUCCAAGAACUACAAAAACUCCCUGGACUGCUUGGUCAAGGUCUACCGAAAGGAAGGCCUGAAGGGCAUCAACAGGGGCAUGGUGUCCACGUUCCUGAGGGAGACCCCUAGCUUUGGAUUCUACUUCCUGACCUAUGACUGCCUCACCAGGUACCUCGGGUGCGAAGCAGAGGACAGUUACAUUAUCCCCAAGCUGCUGUUGGCAGGUGGGAUGUCUGGGAUUGUUUCCUGGCUCUCUACCUACCCUGUGGACGUGAUCAAGUCCCGCCUUCAGGCUGACGGAGUGGGCGGUGCCAGGCGGUACAAGGGCAUUCUGGACUGUGUGCGGAAAAGCUACCAUGACGAAGGCUGGCAGGUGUUCACACGAGGUCUCACGUCUACGCUGCUCCGGGCAUUCCCUGUUAACGCGGCUACCUUUGCCACUGUUACGGUGUUCCUUAUGUAUAUGAGAUCAGAAGACAAGCAGAUCAGAGGAGACCUCAGUGGAUGUGAGGCUGGUGCAGCCAUCCAGCAACCCUCCAGCUUUUAGGUUCUUAAAGGGAGAUCGAAUGUACCUGUCACACCUUGGAGAUGCAAUUUGUCUUUUUUUUAUUUUUUUUAAAAAUAUGGAUGUAGAAACUGUGUAUAAAGCAUCUUUUUAAUGUUACUUAGGAUUCCACCCCCUCCUUUAUAUAAGCAGCGUCUUGCCUUAUUAGAGUAUAUCUUGUAGAACUCCAGGCAAUCAACAGACUUGCCUUUUUUAGAAACCUACUUUUUUAAAAAAAGACACACACACUCACACUCAUUUGCAAAUAUAUACCAAUGUCUAGUGCAUUGUGGCCCAGCUGCUGCCACCUUAUAAACCCCCAGUCCAGGUGCGGUCUAAUGUUGUAGGACUAUAACUUCCAUCAUCCCCCAACUGCAAUUUAUUGCUGCUGGGGAUGAUGGAAGUUGUAGUCCAACAACCACUGAUGAGCCUCAGGUUGGCCACGCCUUACCUAGUCUAGGUACCUGUUCCCCACAUUGGAGCUCUGCUCAGGGGAAAAUCUGAGUAUACCAGAAUAUAUUGGGUGUUCUCUAUUGGACCUGUUUGCCCCAUUAAAUGUGGGAAAAUCCACACUUUGUUUUUUAACCUGCAUUUCCCCUCAGUUUGAACAGGGACAACUCUUGCUAAGACGUUCUGUAAACAAUGUAAGCUAAACAUUUGCCAUUUUACUAGAAGUGGUGAUGAUGCAUUAGUCAUUAGCCAUGCCCUUUCUCCUCUUACUCUGAAUACUGUAUAUUGCAAUGAAGCUUCCUCUCUUUAUGCUGAUCAGUUCAGAAGUUUCUCAGCCAUACGUAUAUUUUCCUGCUAUUGCCUUUUUGAUAUUUUCAGUUUUGCUGUGCUUGGUAUCAUAGCAUCUGCAUCCUACCUGUGUGUAUUCAUUCAAAUGCAACCUUAGAUUGCAGUACCAAGUACACUUACCUAGCAUAAGCUCUACUGAGUGUAGUGGUGCUUGCUUCUGAGUAGGCAUGCAUAGGAUUGCACUUAGGCAAAGAAAGAUGGAUGCCAUUUGCUUUUUGCCUUUAUAAUUUUAUUUUAAUGCCAUUGCAUGGAAUUGCAUUUUAAAAUCACAUAAGAAUACAGGGAAGUUCUCCUUUUCCUCUCUGGACAAAUUUUCAUCACUACUUGCUACCUUUUGCAAGUUGAAAGCUAAAAGUGAUACUUUCCAUCCAGAAGUGUAUAAUUAUAGCUCAAAAUGAGAACAUCUUGAAAGGAAUAGUGGAGGAGUGUGUGGUGGUGGGAUGGGGUGCAGUGUUUCUCUAAGACUCAGUGUACCAGCUGAGAAAUGAAUUAUACCAGGCUAUAAUGAGACAACAAGGGAUGUAAAUGUACUUGGAUUAGUUCAACUGCAUUGUCGUUGGGAGAGUGUAGUAGUACACUGAACAUAGAAAACUGCCUCACAAUCUGAUGAUUCUGUACAUUGACAGGUAGUGGCUUGCUAGGAUUUCAGAUAGGGUUCUUCCCUGGCCUACCUGGAGAUGUCAGGGAUUGAACCUAGUACCUUCUGAAUGCAAAGCUCUGAGCUGCAGCCCCUUCUCCUAAGGGUUCUGCAGCCUGUAUUUGGUUACCGUACUGUUUGGGAAUGUAGUUGACCAAGAAAGUUUCUGGGAAACUUUCAGUCUAUUUUUAAGCAACCUCUUGUUAAGCAGAAAUGCUGCUGCAUAUGCUGAUCUGGCCCCUGCUGACCUCAAGAAUGUAUUUCAAUCAACAUAUAUUAACUAGAUUGUCUGUUGGGCUUUAGUAUUGGGGUGAAUAGACUACAGUUGGCCAAGUAAUAAUUUGCCAGGGUGUACAUAUAACUGCCUGGAAAGACAGACAUCUGUAUCUUUCUGCCAAGUAGAGAGAAGACUCAGUUGCUGGAAUUUCUGACCAGGCAUGGAAGUAUGGUAAGAUUUUCACCCCUUGGUAGGAAAGCACAGUUAGUCUGCUUCCCUAGCAAUUCUAUGUACACACUGGUAAGUCAGUCAUCAUCUGUAUUAACUGAGACAGUCAUCAUAUUAAAUAAAAAGAAGAUAAUUGGGUUUCAGUAAAUCUGCAUACAAAAAGCAAUACCAUAUUUACCUGAAUCCAAGACUAGCCCCCCCCCCCCCCCCCGCCAAGUUAUUUAAUAUUAGAAGUGGAGGGUGGGGUCACCUUACAUUCAGAGCUCUCUUCUUUUAGGGUAAAUACAGGUAUAACCUGACCUGUAUUUUUAAGGGGAUCAUCUUAAAUACAGAGUCAUCCUUCUAUUCAGGUAAAUACAGUCGUUCUGGGAGGGGGGAGCACUUUGUGCUUAAAUGCUGCACACUGCAUACAUGAAUGACAGUGGGCAUCACAUGAGAAGAGGCAUUCCUCCCUCCCUUGCUCUCACACAAAUGUCUCUUCUAAAAUGGCACUUGUCACCUGCAAUUUUAGCUUCUUGUAUCAAAAUAAUAAUCCGUUGCUUGAUUAAGCAGGAACACCUUCGGCAUUGAUUAAAAUGUUAAUUCUUUUGAAUGUUGCAGCUUUAGUAGUAACCCAUAUGUUGCCUUGGUGAAAGAAUUUCCUCUAUGUAUUUCAGGCUCAGGAGCCAUUUUUUUGCAUGCCCUGCAAUGUGGGACCCACUUCUACUUUUUACCAUGUACGCCUUCAAACACUUCUCCCCACCCCCCCUGUUUCUGCUGCUCUAUGCUUAAGACAAUGUAAGCCAAAGAGAAAAUGGUGGUGUGGUCCGCUGGUGAAAUCCACUGUUGCCAAAUAUGCAAUGUGGGUUUCCGUCCAGUUGAAAAUCAGAUACAGUACAGUUAUGGAGAAGGAAGUCUAAUGGAAAAAUCAGCCAAGUGAGGGAUAUCGGUUAAAGUAACAAAGUAUGGCUCAUGUACAGCUCAUGUAUGGUUGGUGGCAAGGAAGGGGGCAGAGUAUGUUAGUUUUGUGCAACAGGGCCCGUUAGUAGUUCUUUGAUGAAAAACCUAUCAAGCUAACAGCAUUUUUUCCCCCAUUGAAACAAACGUCAUGCUGGAGAAACCUGUAAAACUGGUCCGUCGCUUCUAUACCUUGGAGGUACAUUGGUUGUUUUGGCAUCUACUUGCAGGGACAUUCAAAUUGAAUGUGAAACUUACUUAAGCUCUUUAUGCACAACAAUUCAGAGCAAUGACAACUCCCUUUUGUACAGUGAUCUGUAACUAUUGUACAUAAACAUGGAACAAAUAAAAUUUUCUUUUUAUAAAAUC